AGUCACCGCCCCUGGCUCUCUCUUUCUCUCUCUCCUUUCCCCUGACCCCAUUUCAGAUACAUCUCACGCAGACAGAGAGAGGAGUUUCUGAAGCGGAUCUAUCUAUCUAUCUCUACUAAACUAAACAGAGUGAAGAAGAGAGGGCAUCUUUCUCUAUCUCCCUCUCCCUCUCCCACAAUCGACAAUGUCUCUUCGCCACGAGAAAGAGAAGGGAGUGAACGUGCAGGUCCUCCUCCGCUGCCGCCCCUUCAGCGAUGACGAGUUGCGCUCCAACGCCCCCCAGGUUGUCACCUGCAAUGACUAUAACAGAGAAGUCGCCGUCUCUCAAAACAUCGCCGGCAAGCACAUUGACAGGGUUUUCACUUUUGACAAGGUUUUUGGUCCUAAUGCACGACAACAAGAUCUUUACGAUCAAGCUAUUAUUCCUAUUGUAAAUGAAGUUCUAGAAGGAUUUAAUUGUACUAUAUUUGCAUAUGGUCAAACUGGUACUGGAAAAACAUACACUAUGGAAGGUGAAUGCAAAAGGUCAAAGAGUGGUCCCAAUGGAGAGUUGCCUGCAGAGGCUGGAGUCAUUCCUAGAGCUGUUAAACAGAUUUUUGACACUCUUGAGAGCCAAAAUGCUGAGUACAGUGUCAAAGUCACUUUUUUGGAAUUGUACAAUGAAGAGAUCACUGAUUUGCUUGCCCCCGAAGAACUUUCGAAAGUUUCUUUGGAAGAUAAGCAAAAGAAGCAGCUGCCACUUAUGGAGGAUGGCAAAGGUGGAGUUCUUGUAAGGGGAUUAGAGGAAGAGAUUGUGACGAGUGCUAGCGAGAUUUUUACCCUUCUGGAGAGAGGGUCUGCCAAAAGACGCACUGCUGAAACUCUGUUGAACAAGCAGUCAAGUCGGUCACAUUCAUUGUUUUCAAUAACAAUCCACAUCAAAGAGGCAACCCCAGAAGGUGAAGAACUAAUCAAAUGUGGCAAACUGAAUUUAGUGGAUCUGGCUGGCUCGGAAAAUAUAUCUCGUUCUGGUGCUAGGGAGGGUCGUGCAAGAGAGGCCGGAGAAAUAAACAAGAGCUUGCUUACUUUAGGGCGGGUGAUCAAUGCACUUGUGGAGCACCUUGGUCACGUUCCUUACAGGGAUAGCAAGUUGACACGUUUACUGCGUGAUUCCCUUGGGGGAAGAACCAAAACAUGCAUCAUAGCGACAGUAUCCCCUGCGGUUCAUUGCUUGGAAGAAACUUUGAGCACGCUGGAUUAUGCACAUAGGGCAAAGCACAUUAAAAAUAAGCCUGAGGUUAAUCAGAAGAUGAUGAAGUCAACUCUUAUUAAGGAUCUUUAUGGGGAAAUUGAACGCCUGAAGGCAGAGGUUUAUGCUACACGUGAGAAAAAUGGAGUGUAUAUACCAAAGGAGAGAUUUUAUCAAGAAGAAAGUGAAAGGAAGGCCAUGGCAGAUCAGAUUGAGCAGAUGGGGCUAACUAUAGAAAAUCAUCAGAAGCAAUAUGAUGAUUUGAAUAGUAGAUACAUUGAACAAGUUCGACAAUGCUCUGAUUUGGGCAACAAACUUGAUACCACACAGAAAAACUUGAACAAGACCAGUGAGUUGCUCACUAACACAGAGGAUGAAUUGAGGAGAUGCCAGUAUACCGUGAAAGAGAAAGACUUCAUCAUUUCUGAGCAGAGAAAAGCAGAAAAUGCUCUAGCUCAUCAAGCUUGUGUAUUACGGGCUGAUUUGGAGAAAGUUCUUCAGGAUAAUGCUUCACUGUUUUUGAAAAUUGGUAGAGAAGACAAGCUGAACUUGGAUAACAGGGCUGUGGUGAACAAUUUUCAAGCAGAGCUUGCCCAGCAGGUUGGUUGUCUUUGCAAUAUUGUUGCGACAUCAUUGUCAGAACAGAGUGAACAUCUGACAUGUGUGGAGACGCUCUGCCAUUCUUUUCUAGGUGUUCAUGAUAAGGUGGUUUUGGAUUUAAAAAAUAAAGUGACAGGUUUAAGAAACCUGUACUUAUCACACAUUGAGGCAGUGCAAAAUGUGGUUCGUUUGCAUAAGGCGAGCUCAGAUGGUGCUUUAGAGGAAUUAUCUUCUCUGAUAUCCUCCAAUGGUCGUUCUAUUCAAGAAUUUCUUGAAUCUGAGGCCACUCAAGCUGGAGCAAUAUUUGAUGAACUUCAGAGCACUCUUUCAACUCAGCAGGGUGAACUGGCAGUUUUUGCUAGGGAAAUGCGCCAUAGAUUCAAUCUUAGCGUUGAACAAAUAAAGGAUAUAUCUGAUCGCUCUCAAGAAUUUGUUGAUAAGCUUUUUGAAGAAUCAAAAAAGCUUGAAGACUUUGCAUCAGAGGCUGAGCAAACACAACUGAAUUGUAUUGCUGACUUUAGGAAGUCUUUCGAGGAGCAAUCAAGAUCAGAUUCAGAGAAGCUUAUUGCGGAUAUGACCAGCUUAGUUUCUGAUCACAUUCGUCGUCAAAUGGAUCUGGUGGAUGAAAAGCUUGUUGAUCUUAGACAGAGCAGCAUUAAGAACAAGACUUUCUUUGACGAACAUGUGUCUUCAGUAGGAGAAAUUGUGUCCCAUGCAAAAAGGAAAUGGCAAUCUUUUUGUGUGCAAGCAGAGAAAGAGACCAAGGAUACUGCUGAUUAUUCUGCAGCAAAGCAUUGCCGUAUGGAGUUACUCAUGCAGCAAAGUGUAAGUACCGCUGGAUCAGCUUUAGAGCAUAUGAAGAGGACUCAUGAGGCUGUAAAUGAGAAAGAGUCCAAGCAUAUUUCUGCAGCAGUGUCACUAAUCAGUAAUUCUUCUAAUAGCAAUGAGCAACAUGACAUGGAGAUCAAUUCUGCUCGUGUUGCAGCAGAGGAAGAUGUGGCAAAGAACAGCAAGGAUCUCUUUGAGCAGUUUGAUUUCAUGUCUGCGCAAGAGCGGGAAUCCAUUUCUGGAAUGCUGGAUGUAGUAAAGACUCAUUCAAAUACACUUGAGACCUUUAGAGAAGACCAUGCUGGCCAAGCCUCUUCGAUUGAAGAGAAGGCUCGCGAAACUUUUCAACAGCACUAUAGGGACUAUGAGCCUAGUGGAAAUACACCAGUAAGAUGUGAAACAGACGUUCCGAGUAAAGGAACAAUCGAGUCUCUUCGAUCACUGCCAGUGGAAUCGCUUCUUGAGGAGUUUCGGGAAAACAAUUCAAGUGAAUCUUCAGUAAAGGAGUUGAAACCAUCGCUUAUUCCACGUUCUCCUCUUAGCGCACUGAACUGAUGGUUCAACUAAAUUGCAUGCUUUGGUCCUUAAUGAAGUUAAAUUUGUUUGUAUCUGUAUCAUUGCAUUGUUUUUUUGUUACCAUUAGUAGUUCCAUGCUUGAGAAGCAUCAGUUGAUGAGAUACAAUGUGAAAUCUAGGCCAAAUUACUUGUGUAAAAUCCCAUCUUGGGAUGGAAUAUAGAGGUCAAAUAAUGUUUGUAACUUUAGGGUAAUGAUGUCGUAUCUAGUUAAUUCUUAUUCUUGACCUGUCAAUUAUUUGGCAGAUACCUGUUUACUUAAUGUCUCUUGUAAUGAACACAUUUAUAUCAAGUGAAAAUGGGAACCAGGGUUAUGUUGGAGUAUUUAAAGAGACAGUUUCU